UUCGUUUCGUCCUUUUAGUAAUCGCUCGUUAUUUCGGUUUAUUCAUCGUUGUCACCCAUCGCUGUGUGUAGGAUCAGCUAAACUCCAACCCAAAACAAAAAAAAACACGUUUAAGGAUCCCAGAAGGUAAACCAGGUAACGAGGCUAAGUGAUAGAGGCGAAGUGACCCUUGACAAAAUACCCUAAGAAAGGGCAGUCGUAGCCUGCCCAUUUGUUAAGUUUUUUUCAACGUUCUUUUGAGUACGUAGGUACUAUACUUAAUUUAGUUACAUGUGCUGCAACAUGCUGCGCAGGCAGGAAAAAAAAAGUAAGACUUAGAGCUUUAAUAUACCCCUAUUCCACGCACCCCAUGCUGCUCUAGAAUAAUGUGAUUACGCCCCGUACAUGCUAGCACAUAGCCAGCCGGUGUUACUUUCUUACUGUGCUCGCGUUCCGUUUCAGUAGAACACGUAUAUAGUACCUAGUACUUACCCCUGUACUUACUCCUGUCAGCAGCCCCACUCAUCAUCACCGAACCCAAGUGGUACAUACGAACAACGAUGAACAAAAAGACUACGGAAUUUUUCAAGGCUCUUGACGCGAAUUUCGCUACAUGCGUAGUCAAAAGUAUAUAAGGGUGAGAUCUGGACGGUGAAUUAGUCCCUCAGCAACUGUCAUUCUUUCAACUUCUUCUUCACUUUCGUUGAUAGCUGGUACAUCAAGUACUUUUAGCAUUACUUUCUUCAAACUUCAGAUCUUGAUCCACUAUAUUCUCUUGCUAUUACCUUAUUUUUUGCUAUACUACGGAAAAUAUCAAAAUGCGCACUUCACUAUUCUAUCUCGCUCUUACAGCUGCGAGCACUGUCCUGGCUGCUCCUGUUUCUACAGAGCUCACUAAGGACAAUAGCAUUACCUUGAUUCUCGGAGACCCAUUUCGGGGAGAGCCCUACACAAAACUCAUCAGCGCGACCAACUUUGACGAAGUGCCCCUCGAAACCGAAACGUCAUUCAAGUCCGCCGAGGUCCGGCUAGGCAAAGACAUCAAAGAUAAAAUCAUUUCCUGCGAGCUUAUCACGGACGUGAGAGACUGGAAAGUCAUAGGAGGUCGCGACGGCGAAUGGGUCCAUGAGUUUCUCGCCGAGAAUGACGCCAAACCCUGGAAGUUUCAGUCGGCAAACAUUGCUAAAAUCAGGUGCAAACCCCGGUUGCCGAUGCUGGUUCAAUCAAAGGUACCUGCUGAUGCUCCCCCGAGUGUCGUCGCCCGCCUUAUCAACCCGGCGGGCAAGAUCGCAAGGGAAUUCAAGUCGGGCGACAAGAAGGCAAAGUUUGUCGUGGAGAGCGAGGAAGAUCUAAUGAGGGCUGAGUUCGAAAUCCAGGGUAUAUUUGGUUGCCAGGUUCAGGACGCAGCCGGCGGGCAGAUUGUCGCGGCUAUGAAUAAAGCCCAGAACAUGGUGAGCAAAAUGACGCUCGAAAUCGCUGCCGGGAAAAGGGUCCACCAGAUUGUCUGCGACCCUUCUUUCACUAAGCUCGAGGUGGAUUGGUAGGGCGAGGUGCAACAUUGCAGGGUGUGGAUGAAGGUGUGGGUUUGGUGGCGCGUUAUGAUUCGUUUGUUCUUGCUUUUUUGUUUUAGAUUGACUUUUACACUCCUUUGAAUUAUAUGGUUGUUGCUGUUUGCUGUUUUU